UUAAGUAGUGUAGUAGGUGAGAGUGUGGAAGAAAUACUGCGAAGAGAGCUGAAGUGUGAAUCGCUUGUAGGAGAAGUGUGUUGUAGACGAGAUUAUUUUGUGCUGUAAAGACGUUUUAGUUGAUUAAAUUCAUUAUUGCUGGAAGACUUUGUGGUCUCUUACAAUCCAACCAAGUUUACAACUGAGAUCGGAUUUGAGGUAGUAGACCCCGCAAGAAAUCAAGGGUUGACAAUCAAGGUUGUAUACCGACCCACGCUACAUUGGUGUCAGAAGUAUCAUAUUAUGUCUGAUUUUAUGUUUCCUCUCCUGAAACACUAAAAGAUUUUCCAUAAAACAAAUUCUGGAGAGAAUUUAAUUUUGAAAAUUCUUGCGGUCGUCGUCCUGCUGAUGGAAGCACUAAGCUCCCCUGAAACUUCGGUCAGUGUCUUCCACAAUAUACGAUACGUCAUCCCAGAAAGCAAUGACAGCCUUCUGGGAUAAUGCGCUUUGAGAACUUCACAUCUUGCCAGAUUAAUUUUGAUUCGUAUUGGACCGGUAUGAAGUUCAGAACGAACUCCGUUGAACCGGAGAGUGAGGGAAAUGAUUUGUGACAAUUCUGCGAUAUCUGUCUGAAUGGGUUUGCAACAUUAGCCGUAUUUCAGCAAACGAUCAUCAAGGCCAACGGUGUAUGCAGAUCGAACAGGAAAUUUACCGAUUGCGAUCGGGGAUCAUCCUGAUGAAGGAGGCAGCAAGCAUUUCUGCAUCGUCGGGUUUAUAAAAAUAUUAUUACUCCAAACUGGAGUACACGUUCUCGCUCUGCGCACCUGUAGGUGAUUUGUAGCUGAACUGCAGCAUCUGUACACGGGGUUUCUGGUUUGUAUCAUGGGAGAGAAUUCCAACAUUAAAAAAGGUUUGGAAGCAGAUGAGGACUUCGGUUUUGUGAGCCGUGACAGCAGGGUACUGGAAAAUGCUCUGACACGUAGCGGCCCUUCCCCCUCACUACCAACUGAGGAUGACGACAAUGGCGCCGGAAGUGAGGAACAACAGGUGGACAACUAUUCUUCCAUCAUUGCACCCGGAACAACCGGAAAUGACGAGGAUACAAAACAGGAUGUUGAAGAAGACGUCUUUUCCAUAACAAAACUAGAGUCAGAACAGGAGCAUGGUACUGCAUCGAGUGGCGAAUUAUCGGACGAAACAGAUGGUUUCAGCUUGCGCAAGCUUGGAGGAACUUUGCUGGAUUUUCCUCAGGUCGACUUGCUAGGUCAGGUAUAUGACGCCUCGAAGAGGAAGGCGACAGUAGCCAAGUUAUCUUCACCUAAACAACCAGGUCCUGGUAUUUUACGUAAUAUGUCUUCGAGUGAGAUGCCUGAGAAUCAACCGACUGAAGCCGCGCCAACGACCAAAGACGACGAUCUCCCUCAGGGCUUCCAAGUCAAGUACCUUGGCCAGCGUGAUGCUAGAGGCCUGUGGGGAAUUAAACACACGAGGCGACCGGUAGAUGCUAUGGUGGCUUCGGCAAAGAAUUUAAAAGCAGGAACAGUGCUACCAAUGGUUAAACUCGUAGUUUCUAAAGAAGGUGUCAGUAUAGUGCAACUGCAGAAAAAGUCCGAGGAGAUUUUGAAGUUUCAUCCCAUAGACACGAUAUCUUACGGUGUUCAAGAUCUGGUGUACACCAGAGUGUUUUCUAUGAUUGUUGUUAGAGAGAUAGGAGAUCUGAAAGAUCAGCAUCCUUUCGAAUGUCAUGCGUUUGUUUGUGAGAGUAGAAAUAGUGCCAGAAAGCUGACCUAUGCACUUGCUUCGGCGUUUCGUGAGUACAGUAAGAUUGUGAAGGCGAGAAGUGGUGACGAGGACGGUAAAGACGGACUAGCAGCCGCCAAGAAGAAAUUCGCCAUUGAUUUGAGAAGUCCAGAGGAAAUUGAAGCUGACUUGAAUUCUCCACAAGCUGAAGAUUCUGAAGCCUAAUUGUGAUGUGAUUUUACAGAGUGCAUUGAUUGUGAUGGUAGAUUCUAAGAGAGAAAAAUUGAUAAGUGACGUGUAAAUGUUAUGGAAGAUGAACGGUAGGCACAAUAUCAGUUUUCGAAACAUCUGACUGCAUCUGAGUGGAGACGGAACCAACAGGCGUCAUUAAUGCAUUGCCUUAGUCAUAUGAGAGUAUCUAGCGGUUCAAUUACAUGGACCGAAAUUAGGCACUUCAUGUCAUGAAACACCGGUAAAUACACCAAGUUCAUCACCGUUUAUAGGUUUCUGACGAACUUUAAAAAAAAUUGUGUAAACAGUUAAGUCAGAUUUAUUGUGAUUACAUUUUUCUCUCUAUCCCCAAAUGUAAAAUAAACACUAGAUAUUUUAAAAUAUUAAAACUUAUUUGUAAAAUAUAAAGUUAAAGAACAUUACUAUGGCAUAUGAUUGAAAAUGAAUGGAAUCAGUGUUUAGUGGGUGCGAUGAGAAACGAAAAUUUAUAGAAGUAUUUAUUUAUAUUGUAAAAUAAGAAGCUAGUGGGUCUAAUAAAAAUGUGCUUAAA